CAUUCCUUGAAAAAGUGUGUGUCAGAUCGGACGCGUAGUAAAGCACGAGAAAAAGUUGAAAAAGUGAAGUAACAAAUUGCGAUUAAGUGCAUUUUUUUUUAAAAUAUUAAACAAAGAUGUCUAAAGCUCCAGCUGUUGGUAUUGAUUUGGGUACUACCUACUCCUGUGUGGGUGUAUUCCAGCACGGCAAAGUUGAGAUCAUUGCCAAUGACCAGGGUAAUCGCACUACCCCAUCAUAUGUUGCCUUCACCGAGACAGAGCGUCUGAUCGGCGAUGCUGCCAAGAAUCAGGUUGCCAUGAACCCUACAAACACCAUUUUCGAUGCCAAGCGUUUGAUUGGCCGUAAAUUCGAUGAUGCUAAUGUACAAUCUGAUAUGAAGCAUUGGCCAUUCGAAGUGGUUAGUGCUGAUGGCAAACCAAAGAUCAGUGUCUCCUACAAAGAUGAAAAGAAAACUUUCUUCCCAGAGGAGAUCUCAUCUAUGGUGUUGACUAAGAUGAAGGAAACCGCUGAAGCCUACUUGGGCAAGACUGUUACCAACGCCGUCAUCACUGUACCCGCAUACUUCAACGAUUCUCAACGUCAAGCUACCAAGGAUGCCGGUACCAUUGCUGGUUUAAAUGUAUUGCGUAUUAUUAACGAGCCUACCGCUGCUGCUAUUGCGUACGGUUUGGACAAGAAAGCUGUUGGUGAACGCAAUGUAUUGAUCUUCGAUUUGGGUGGUGGUACUUUUGAUGUGUCCAUUCUAUCAAUCGAUGAUGGUAUCUUUGAGGUCAAGUCAACCGCUGGUGACACUCACUUGGGUGGUGAAGAUUUCGACAAUCGUCUAGUCACCCACUUCGUUCAGGAAUUCAAGCGCAAGCACAAGAAGGACCUCACCACCAACAAGCGUGCCCUACGUCGUUUGCGCACAGCUUGUGAACGUGCGAAGCGUACGCUAUCUUCAUCCACUCAGGCCAGCAUUGAAAUUGACUCAUUGUUCGAAGGUGUCGAUUUCUACACCUCAAUCACACGUGCCCGUUUCGAGGAGUUGAACGCUGACUUGUUCCGUAGCACCAUGGACCCUGUGGAGAAGGCAAUUCGUGAUGCUAAAUUGGACAAAUCUGCUAUUCACGAUAUUGUGUUGGUUGGUGGUUCAACCCGUAUCCCUAAGGUACAACGCUUGUUGCAGGAUUUGUUCAACGGCAAAGAGCUGAACAAAUCAAUCAAUCCCGAUGAAGCUGUAGCUUACGGUGCUGCCGUCCAAGCUGCUAUCUUGCAUGGUGAUAAGUCGCAGGAAGUACAAGACUUGUUGCUUCUCGAUGUUACUCCCCUGUCAUUGGGUAUUGAAACCGCUGGCGGCGUGAUGAGUGUCUUGAUCAAGCGUAACACAACCAUUCCAACCAAGCAGACUCAGACAUUCACUACCUACUCAGAUAAUCAACCUGGUGUAUUGAUUCAAGUAUAUGAAGGUGAACGUGCAAUGACCAAGGACAACAAUCUGCUUGGAAAAUUCGAGUUGUCUGGUAUUCCACCAGCACCACGUGGUGUACCUCAAAUUGAAGUAACCUUCGACAUUGAUGCCAACGGUAUCUUGAACGUAACCGCUUUGGAACGUUCCACCAACAAGGAAAACAAGAUUACCAUCACUAACGACAAGGGUCGUCUAUCGAAGGAAGACAUCGAACGUAUGGUCAACGAAGCCGAGAAAUACCGUUCGGAAGAUGAGAAGCAAAAGGAGACCAUUGCUGCCAAGAAUUCGUUGGAAUCAUACUGCUUUAACAUGAAGGCCACUUUGGAUGAGGAGAAUAUGAAGACCAAGAUCUCUGAGUCAGACCGCACCACCAUUUUGGACAAGUGCAAUGAAACCAUCAAAUGGUUGGAUGCUAACCAGUUGGCUGAGAAAGAGGAAUAUGAGCACCGUCAAAAGGAAUUGGAAUCUGUAUGCAAUCCAAUCAUCACUAAAUUGUAUCAAGGUGCUGGUGGUGCUCCAGGUGGUAUGCCCGGUGGCAUGCCUGGUGGCUUCCCAGGAGCUGGUGGUGCCCCUGGUGCGGGUGGUGCUGGCGCCGGUGCUGGCCCAACCAUCGAAGAGGUCGACUAAAUCAAUAAAUUUUUUUUUUUAGCAAAAUGUCACCUAUUGCUAGAAACAUAAUAUAUUAAAAACGAGAUAAAAGAAAUAGUAUUUGAAGCACACGAAAGAAAAUAUAUGUGCAACAGUUCAAAUAAAGCGAAUGUUUCAAUCAAU